AUGCUAGGAGCUCUUUGCAGCACACUCCUGCUACAACGGCAGCAAUCCGACACCGCCCUCCUCAACUCCCAAAACACAGAUUCGACAGCUCCUACAGACUCAAAUGUGGUCGUCGUAGGCUCCGGCAUCCACUCCCUGAUCUACGCCAUCCAUGCCAUGAAAAUCGAUCUAAGCCAGCCUAAUGGCGGGUCAACUUCGAUCACAGUACUAGAAAAGUCAAAUAGCCCCGGUUAUAAGAUCGGUGAGAGCACAUUAACAGUUUUCGGCCUGUGGUUAAAAACAGUCGGUAUUGAUUCACCACUACUAUGGUGCCUUUUCGGCCCAAAGGAUGGUUUGGCUUUCUACUACCUUCCCCAGAGUGGUGAUCCAGAAAAAUAUACGUCGUUCUGCGCGAAUGGUCCGCCGGGUGAUUUUGUACCGACCCUGCAGAUUGAGCGCAAGAUUAGUGAGUUGCUGCUUACGCUGUUUGCGCAGCGGCUUGGGGUGAAGGUGUUGCAUGGGCAUGCGGUCGAUAUUGAUGCAACGAGGUUUGAGGAGAAUGAGAGUACGGUUAGGGUUAAGAAUGUUGAGACAAAAAAGGAGUCUGAGAUUCGGGCCCAACUGGUUGUGGAUGCUACGGGGAGGUUCCGGCGCUUUGCGUCGAAGGCGUCGAGGAUUAAACGUUUUGAGGGGUGGAAUACUGAUGCUUUCUGGGCUUAUUUUGAAUGUCCUGGGGAUGAGUCCAACAUCCCAUUGAGUAAUUACGAAUCGUGCAAUACCAACCAUAUAUGUCUCGCAGAAGGGUGUAUGGGCCUGGGUUAUCCGACUACCCUCCUGGGAAGGCAGCUCAAUCCCAAAUCUGAUGUCAAUGAUCAACCACCUCCUCGACCUCAACGCCCGCAACACCCCCGCGACCAAUUCCCCUCCUGUCACGAACUUGCACAGAAAUUCAACCUCAAAUUCCGCUGGAUCGUUAGUAUCGGCUUUGCGCUGCGCAACGACGUCGUUUACCCUAGCGACCUGUCUGCCUAUGGUACCCACGAGGGCGAAAAGCGCUUUAACUGGAUCGUCUCUCGCUACCCCAAAAUGCAAGGCCUCAUGAACCAACACGUCCUCAUCCAGGAUCUCUAUGGACCCAACACAACAUGGUUCAUCCGUAAGCAACUUACCUACCAAUCCCCGAAGGUUUCCGGGAAAGGUUGGGUGGCCAUCGGCGAUGCCGUCGGAUUCACAAACCCACUUUUCUCGCUGGGAAUCAAUGCGAACAUAGGAACCAGUGUAUUCGCCGCAGAGCUUACGCAGCACUACCUGGUAGACCCGGGAUCCCGCGCGGAGGUACUAGGCAAGUACGACGCUUACUGCGAGAACCGCAUACCAGGGCUGCACCGCAUGAACGUAUUCAAUUACCAAAAGAUCCGGUCGUACGAGUUCAGCAACGUCAGCGAGAUGCUGAUGGGCUGGGACUGGGGCGCACACGAGGCUGAGUACGUCGCCUUCGUGACGCAAGCAAUUGCCCUGCUGGAGGGCCCGCCCACCGAGCCAGCGCCGGAGGUGGUGCAGGAAGUGAUGAGGUUGUCGGACGAGGCGGUGACGAGGGUGCUAGCAUCGGGCAGGUAUAAGAACCGGUGGGCGGGCCUGCUGAGGUGGUAUGACGAUGAUCUGCGGUUCUGUGGGGAUAAGGUGUGGAAGGACGUGCUGUCACGGCGGUGUGGCGGGUGUGGGAACUGGAGGAUUCUGAGGCAGGAUUUGUUGGGGUGUGCGACGUGUGGGCACCUGUCGUCGCAGGAGGAGUCGUGCAAGAUUCUUGUGUAG